AUGGUUAAUCAAAGAAGCAUAUUGUUACAUUCCAGUGAUGGUGCUCAGACACAGAUAUAUAAGUCUCCAGAUGUUGAAGAGAAUAAUGAAAUAAAUAAUAGUGGUGUUCAGUUUGAUUCAGCACAAAUUGAAAAUGAUAGAGGUAGAAGUAAGAGGAGGAAUGGUGAAUUUAGAAAUGGAUCAGGAGCAAGCCUUUCAAGAUCUAGAAGCAGAGCAAACAGCAGAGUUCGUGAUGAAGAAUUUUUAAAAUGGACAGUGUUAAGAAGAGACCCAUCGAUGAGAUUACGUACUAUAAGGAAAAAGAAUCAGCAAGGGUUGAACAAGAAGAAACAUGGUGCUGAAGAAGAUGAUGAUGAGGAAGAAGAUGAAGAAGAAGAAGAAGAAGAAGAAGAUGAUGACGACGAUGAAAUCAGUGAUGAAGAGCAAGUUAGUGAUAUCGAGAAUGAAAAUGAUAUCGAUGAAGAUAUAACGUUUGAUUUGGGUACAAAAGUUUUACCAAAUUACUGUAUGUCUAUAAAUGACAUUAUGGAGAGUAGCAAGAAAUGGAUAUCUGAUUAUUUAAGUCGUCCUGAAAAUUUAAGGAAUGAUAACGUUCAUAUCGAAAAGAUGGAAGGUGGAUUUGUCAAAGCUAUGGAGCUAAUAAGUAAAAAAGAAGAUAGUUCAACGAGUAUUAGUUCUAGUGGUAAGGAAGGAGAUUCUUAUAUUUUAUAUACAGACUUGACCAGUGAAUCUACGUAUGCUUUGGCAUAUGUGCUAGGUGCAUUGGUUAAUAAUGGUGAUACCUUGUAUGUUGUUCAUUGGGAAGGUAACAAUACACAUGGUGUUACUGAUACUAGGAUAUAUGAUAAUAUUUUUCGGAUCAGGAAACAUGUUAUGCAUCUGUUGGAUUGCAGUAGUGCCGUGAUAGAUCGAAUAGAUAUAUUAUUGAUUUCAUUAACACAUCCAUAUCCGAAACAUUUAUUAAAUGAAAUGAUCCAUGGGCUAAAACCAAAGACAUUAUGUUGCUCGUUAAGCGUCGUAUUAUCGCCAUCAGGGUUACAAAAUUAUGUUUCUUCGAUACCAAUGCUUGUUAUACGUAAGAAGUUAAAGAGACCAAGAAAGAAAGGUAUCAACGAGUAA